AUGUAUUUCGGCGGAGAAACAGGAAGCGUUACCGCAGGGAGAGAGAGAGAGGGAAAGAGAGAGAGAGAGAGCGCGAGAGAGGGAGGUGGAGUGGGGCGCUUGAAUGAAACGGGCAGGCCGUGAAACGCUGCCAUCUCUCAAAUCAGGACAGCACUGACCACGGCUGGGAUGUGGGCGGCAUUAUGAGCGUGAAAGCUUUUGAGCUGGUUCCCGCCGUGGAGCGGGAACAAGUGAUGGGCGAAAAGGUGCGGAUAAACAUCGAAUGCAUCGAGUGCUGUGGCGUACAUCUGUACCUUGGCACCAAUGACUGCUUCAUCCAUCACUUCCUACUAGAGGAGCGCACUACAUCCAAAGGUAAGCUGGCCUACAAUGCCCAGAAGCUCCUCCACAAAUACCUGGGCCUGAAGAAGCCAGUGGCAGAGCUGAAGGCUGCCUCUGCUUUAGAACGUUUAAUCGUCCUCUGUGACUCAACCAUCACUGUUGUGGACAUGGUUACUCUGGAGCCUGUGCCCACCGGGGGCACAAAGCUCAAAGGUGUGACUGCGUUUUGCAUCAACGAGAAUCCAGUGACGGGCGAUGCGUUCUGUGUGGAAAUGGCGGUGGUUUUGGCACGCAGACGGGCCAUCCAGAUCUGUACGGUCCAUGAGGACAGAGUGCAGAUGUUAAAGGAAGUGACCACACCAGAGCAGCCCUGUGCCCUGAGCCUGGACGUUUAA